AUAAACAAGAAAUCAAAAAAAUAAAAUCCGAAUAUCAUUAUUAUUAUUCUUCACUUCUUACUUAGUAUUUUCUUUUCCAACAUCAAAAUCAACAAAUUUCAAUAACAACUAAAAACGUUCGUUCUUUCUUCUUCUCAUUCAUUCAAUUUCUUCUUUCAACAUUCUUCCAAAACACACAACAAUUAAUUCCAACACAAAAACCCGAAAAAAGAACAUUCUAGAUAAAUUCUCCAUAAACCUAAGACUGUCCAAUUCAGCUUAACUAGGGUUUCGAUUUGUUUCACCGAGUGCGCGUUUUUGGAAUUUUUUUCCUCUUAAAUCCCAAAUAUUUAUUAAUACAGGAAAAAGUUCUGGCGUACCAAAAAGACAACUUUGACACGCUGAGAUAGCUUAUGUGAAACAAUAUGACUCUUGAAGACUUCUUUACUUUGACCGAGAUGAAAGAUGGGCUCACAACCCCUUCUCGAGUGCAGGAGUUGGUCUCUGUGAUGAAGAAGGAGCAAGACAGUAUUGUGAAGAACACUGGUGAUGCAAUAAGACAAUGGGCUGCUGUUGCAAGCACUAUUGCUGCUACAGAGAAUAAAGAUUGCCUUGACCUUUUUAUUCAAUUAGAUGGACCGUGGUUCAUCGAUAGAUGGUUAAAUGAUGCUCAAAAAUUGGGUGGUGGUACAAAUGAUAGUGUCAUGGAAGAGUCAAUUACUGCAAUGUUACGAGCAGUUGAAAAGCUAUAUCAAGACAGUGAGAAGCUAAUUUCAUCAGGAAUGUGGGCCACUGUAAGUAACCUUCUUGGUCAUCACAGCUCCAAGGUUCAAGAUAGAGCAAGAGCACUAUUUGACAAGUGGAAAGAAGUUGGAAAUGGAGAUGCUAAGUCUCAUGAUAUGGAUACUGGUCAAAGAAACCAUAUGAUUGAUAAGAAUCUCAAGGAGGAAGGCCAGUUGUCUUCAGUGAGCGGGGCUAGUAAUGACAAUGUUCAUGUGUUGCGACUUGAAGGGGGUGAGAAGUCUGUACUGAGAAGCUCAGAUACUCAGAUACCAGAUAAGGCUGCUAAUGUUAAGAAAGAGAGUUCUGACAAUGCACAUCAGUCCUCUGCAAGUUUGAAUUGUGAAGAGCUCAAAGAGAGAUCAAACCAUCUUACUACUGUUUUGACUUCUGUUCAAGAAAGUGCUUCCGCAAGUGAAAGUGAAUUGACAUCGUCUGGGAUCUGCAACUUACCUGUACCGAAACAAGGAAGUUUCAAAGAUCAACCUGAUGAUUUACAGUUGAAUGACUUAUCAAUGAAGGAGGAGCAGGAACUAAAUGAUAAUGGCCCUCCAGAGAAAUUAGGAGCACCAAUAAAUCCUAAGCCUGAAUCUGUUUCUGUUGGUGCUAGUGAAGCACAAGUUAAGCCUGUGCCUGCACCAAUAGUGCCUGAAUCUUCUUUGGAACAUGAUGUCAAAAGCAGUGAAGUUGGUAUUUGUGAUAAAGUAAUAGUUUCUGGUAGCAUGAAAACACCUGCCUCUGAUAAAAUGAGUGUGGUGGAUGGUGCCAGAGCCACAGAUUCUAGCAAUCCACAACUAUCUAAAGCUUCAAUGGAGGAAGAAGGCAAUAGCCAAGUUUCUAAUCACGUCGACGAUACCUCAAAUGGCUCUGAUUCUUUUAAACAAAGAAAAGAUCCGACAAGCCCCAACAUUAUUGACAAGAGUUCUGACAUGGAACUCGAUUAUGGUAUUGUUGAUGCUUUAGAUGUUGCUCGACAAGUUGCUGAGGAAGUUACUCAAGUUUCUGAUCAAGAUGAUGAUACCUCAAAUAGUUCUGAUUCCUUCAAACAGAGCAAAGUUUCCAGAAGCGCUAACAUUGUGAACAAGAAUUCUGAAAUUGAACUUGACUAUGGCAUGGUUGAUGCUUUACAAGUCGCUCGACAAGUUGCUGAGGAAGUUGAGAGAGAAAUCAAUAACUCUUCUUCAGAGAAAAGCUCAGAAGGUGGAACAAGGCAAGCUGGCAGCCCGGAAUCUGUUGGCAAAAAUGAUGACCUUGCAUGUGCCCUACCCGAGGUGUCAUCCAGACAAAGCAACUCCGCUGAAGCAUGUCCUGAGGAGAGGCAUAUGAGUGUUUCAGAUGAUGUUGUAGCUGAGCCAGAAUGCAUCCCUGACUUGGAGUCUUCGCAGUUGACUGAAGCAGCUCAAGAUCCAGGAGGUAAUUCAGAGAAAAGCCUUUGCACCUUUGAUCUUAAUGAAGAAUAUGGUUCUGAUGAUAUGAAUGUUUCUGCAAAUACCAUAUCUACAACACCGAUACCUGUUGUCUCUGCUUCAAAACCUGCACAGACUUCAGGAUUGCCAACAGCCCCUCUACAGUUUGAAGGAACACUUGGAUGGAAAGGGUCGGCUGCCACCAGUGCCUUUCGUCCUGCAUCACCUCGUAAAAAUGCUGAUAAUCAGAAGAAUGUUUCUGCUGGUGGGAACUCUGAUAUUUCCAAACAAAGGCAAGAUUUUCUUGACUUUGAUCUGAAUGUGGCUGGGGGUGAAGAUGAACUGGUAAAACAAAUUGGUGAAUCUUCAGGCUUGCCUUCUGGGCAAUCAUCAGUGGAACAUAGCCCUAAAAGAUCAAAGAGGUUUGAAUUAGAUUUGAAUAGUAUUGGUGAUGAUGGUGAUACCCAACCUUCAGAUCAGAGGAUGGAGGGGCAGCUCUUCUUUGGAAGAAAUGGCUAUUGGAGCCCAUCACCUGCAUCAUCAUCGUCGUCAAUGCAGCCGUCAGUUCGAAACAUUGAUUUGAAUGAUAGACCGUACUUUCAAACUGAUUUACUGGACCAAGGGCCUACCAAAUCUUCUUCGAGUAUUGAAGUAUAUGGACUUUCCAAAUCAGAUGCUCCUGCAAUAUCUAUUUUGGGUGCCAAGGUGGAAGUCGGUAGAAAAGAGCCUGUUCCUCAAAUUUGGUCUUUGCCAAAUGGCAAGGCUGUUGAGCCUGCAAUAGAUCUUACAAUGAUGCCAGGAUCUGGUGGCGUUUCAGGGAUGGGCCCUGCGGUAUCCUAUAAUCAUUCAACUUUUUUGGGAUAUAAUGGACUGACAUCAAUGCCCCCUUUGUCUUUUUCACCAGCCGUGUAUGGAUCAGGUGGUACAAUUCCUUACAUGGUGGACUCAAGAGGAGCUCCGGUGGUACCUCAAGUUGGGGGAUCUUCCUCAAAUGUCCUAUCAUCUUACGCUCAGCCCCCAUAUAUUAUGAGCAUGGCCGGUCCACAACUUGGUUUAAACGGUGUUGGACCUUCCCGUCCCAACUUUGAUCUUAACUCGGGUUUCAUGAUUGAUGGCGGGAAUAGAGAUGCAUUGACUGCACGGCCGUUUUUCUUUCCUGGUCAAAGCAGAGCUAUGGAAGAUAGGACCCUUCAACAAUCCUCAAGUUCAGGGGUUGGUGGCAAAAGAAAAGAACCAGAUGGUAGCGGGUGGGAAACAUAUCCAUUUGGCUACAAACAUCAGCAACAACCUCCGUGGAAGUAGCUCUAAUAUAUGUUUUUGUCUCUUCUGAUCUGUUCAUAGAUAUAGCCUACCAAUUGAAGUUUAUAUUAUUACCUAAAAUGGUCCUGAAGAGUAGGUCAAUUCAUCGAAAUCCCUUAUUAAAAGAAGCAUCAGAACCAAUAAAAAGGUGGAGGGUGAUGGAUGUUAUACGAUUCAUGAUGUUUAUUGGCAAAGGGGGAAAAUUUAGGCUCUAUUUCUGUUUUUCUUUUCAUGCAGUUUCAUAGAAAGUCAUCAGUACAGGCACAUAAAGCUUGUCAUAUGUAGUUGUAAUUUCACUUUGAUGUCAAAGAAAUUAUAGGCAUAGUAUCAUGUUUAUCACUCAUCAGUGGUACUUGAGUCCAUGGCCACAAUUUUAGUUGAUUUUAGUGAGUUUUCAUUAUCAAAGCAAUAACCUGUAAAGAGAAAGAUUUUUGUUCAAAACUGUUCUGCUUAUAUAAAAUACAACCUAACUUGAGACAAGUUGUUCUGAACAA